CCCUUCUUGCAUCUCCCCUCUCUUCGUUUAAUCUUGUUACUCCCCUUCCAUCUUCCCCUCUUUUUAUGAUACUUGAUCACUCGAUUGUUUCAAACGUCUGCCAUACCCGUCUCUGUAUAAAGUUGAUCAUGGAGCCAGGAAUUGAACAUUGCACCUCCCAUCCCUGCUUUCGUCAUCCGCCAUAGCUUAUACCACACACGUUCAAAAUGUCUUCAUCUGCUGUUGUUGCUGCUCAAUCAGCCGGUCCCCACGCCACAUUCGACGAUCUCGGCCUUGGUCGGUCAACUCAGUUCAUUGUCGGCCGUGUCCUAAGCUUCGGGGAUUCCAGCAACAUCAAGAAGAAUGGAGAGUUUAUGGCUAUCACUAGAUGAAAAGAAUUCGGUCAUUCAUAGGUUUAUCCAUGCUGCUUGUGCCAAUCAGUACCGUGUUUCUCAAAGAACUGGUGCGAUUGUCAAAGUUGUUCGGUUUAAUGUUGGGCGAUGCACAAACAUGUACAAGAUUAAGGAUCAUCCUUUUGUAAUCUGUCUCAUCCCCACCACUACAACAAUCCUAACCGCUGCCCCUUUCAUUGACUUUCAGAAGUUCAUGCUCAGAAAGUUCCACCACCUCCAAGCUUUAGCAAACACUAACUUUGAACUACCCGAUGUUGUAGCCCAAAUAAGGUCCUUCCAAGUCUCAGCCCUCAACAACGUCACCGCAACAACUCGAGUUGUGGUCCGUUUUCUCAUUGACCACCUAAACUAACACAUACUUGCUCUUCUUCACGUAACCUCCUCUACCUGAACUCCACUCCGGCCACCAAGUUCUACUUUGACACCACCAUCCCCGCCAUUGAAGCAUUCACAGAGAGGUCUGUUAACUUUUGUAUUAAAAUCACCCUUCCCUCAACGUUUACCCUUAUUAUAUGAUUAAUCUUUUAAAAUUGUUUUUGUAACAUAAAUGUUCAACACAUAGCUUGGGAGGUGCAGCAGGAGAGGUUUUCACAUGUGAUGACCUCUCCUGCUUCUGCAAUCACUGAAAAUGUCUUGGUUGACCCUCUGCCCCAGAAACCCGAGGCUGAAAAGGCUCCAGAGGGAGAUGUCCAAUCAGGACAAGCAACAUCAUCUGCUUGCGACACUGGUUCCAGCAACACAAAGGAAGUUGAUGAAGCAAAUCUCCAAGCUUGGCUAAGAUAGAGAAGAGUCACAAGCGCCCCCGUGAGUGAUUGGUACAAGUCCACGAACUGUCAACCCCACUUAGCUUUCCUGCGUUUUCAAUUACUAAAUUGCUAUGUUUUUCAGUUUAUAAAUUUUCGUUUUGUUUUCGUAUUUACUUUUUAAUUAAAUUAUGGUGAACGUUGACGAGUAUUAUCAUAUUUGAUGCCCAUUUAUGUGCC